UCCUGGCAGGCUGGGGCGGACUGCACGACGCACACCGGCCGGCGGCACAUGCUCCUCACCCAACUCCAGAGGAAACGCAAGAAGUACCCGCCGGAACAAACUACGAGGAAUAUCCUACAGGAGGACAGUUGUUUUUUUUGUUUUUUUUUUAGUUUCACCUUAUUUUAAAAAAACCUCUCGUACGUCGCCAUGGAGAGCGGGGAUUCUUCUUCGGAUCACAGCCGGCGUUUCUGCGUGUUGUCCUGGGAUCAGGUGCGGCGUCUGGACUCCAUCCUUGGGGAAGCUGUGCCCAUCCACGGCCGGGGGAACUUCCCCACCCUGUCCAUGAGCCCCAGACAGAUUGCCCAGGUGGUGCGGGCUCGGCUGGAGGACAAGGGCGUGUGCGUCAAAGAUGUGCGGCUGAAUGGCUCGGCCGCCAGCCACGUGCUGCACCAGGACACCGGUCUGGGCUACAAGGACCUGGACCUGAUCUUCGGCGUGGCGCUAAAGGACGACCAGGCCUUCCGUCUGGUGAAGGACGUGGUGCUGGACUGCCUGUUCGACUUCCUCCCCGCCGGCGUCUCCAAGGAGCGCAUCACGGCGCUGACCCUCAAAGAGGCGUACGUGCAGAAACUGGUGAAAGUCUGCAACGACACGGACCGCUGGAGCCUCAUCUCGCUGUCCAACAACACGGGCAAGAACGUGGAGCUAAAAUUUGUAGACUCUUUGAGGCGGCAGUUCGAGUUCAGCGUGGACUCCUUCCAGAUUUGCCUCGACUCGCUGCUGCUGUUUGACCGCUGCUCGGAGACGCCCAUGUCGGAGAGCUUUCACCCCACGGUGAUCGGCGAGAGCGUGUACGGCGACUUCCGGGAGGCCAUGGAUCACUUGUGUCAGAGGACCAUAGCCACGCGAAGCCCCGAAGAAAUCCGAGGGGGCGGCUUGUUGAAGUACUGCCACCUGCUAGUGCGAGGGUUCCGGCCCAUCUCUGAGGCGGACAUGAAGCACAUGCAGCGCUACAUGUGCUCGCGUUUCUUCAUCGACUUCUCCGACAUUGGCGAGCAGCAGAGGAAACUGGAGGCCUACCUUCAAAACCACUUCGCCGGCAUGGAGCACAAACGAUACGAGUGCCUGAUGACGCUGCACCAGGUGGUGAACGAGAGCACCGUGUGCCUGAUGGGCCACGAGCGGCGCCAGACGCUCAGCCUCAUAUCCACGCUGGCGCUGAAGGCGCUGGCAGAGCAGAACGCCAUCCCCACGGUGACGAACGUUACGUGUUACUACCAGCCGGCGCCGUACGUGCGGGACAUUAACUUCAGCAAUUACUACGUCGCGCACGUGCAGGCGCCGCACAUGUCGCCGUGCGCGACUUCCUAUCAGACAUGGCUGCCCUGCAGCUGAGAUCAGAAGGAUGACUUUUCUAUCCUUUUUUUUUUUUUUUUACAGAGAGAGCGUCGGACACAAAAAGAAGUUUGCCAAAUGUGAUUAAAAACAUGAUCCUGUUCUGCUGUACGUCCGAUUGAGCCAACUCCUAACAUCUGCUGGUCAUUUUUUUAUUUAACAAACAAAAAAAGGUGAAGAGUUAUAUACGUAAACAAUCUUUAGGAGGCAAAACUGCCAAGCCUAUUUUCAUACUUUGAGCUUUUAUUUUUGUAAAGUGACUUCCUGGACCAAAGAUGUACCUUUGUUUCCUCCUUCAGAAAGGGAAUUUGCGUUUCUUGGUUUGUGAUUCCAAGUGCCUCAAGACGUCUGUAAACUGUGCAUUCAGGUUUUUUUUUUUCCGAGAAUACUCUUGUCUUUUCAGGAGCAGGAGCAUUCUUUUUGUCAGAUUAAAAAAAGAAAGAAAACUGA